UUCCUCCUAACCUGUUUCUUCAUCACCACUCAAUCUCCGCAACAUACUUUUCGUAACGUGUUAACUCCCAACUUAAAAUCUUUUGCCGGCCUUAGUCCCAUACCUCUGUUUUUUCUAAUCUUGUUCAUCGCAUUUGUACGAGAAGAGAUAGAGAGAGUGAGAAGGCGCCGCAAGCCCCAGCUUAGGUGGUUCGGCGUGGGACGAGUCGUCCUGGAGCUGUCAAGUUGUUUCCCGACGGUGGAGGAGGAGGAAGAAGCAAACGAGCGGGGAGCCAUGGACAUUGGUGGUCCAACCAAUGUCAAACACGUGGCUCACGUGACCUUUGAUCGCUUCAACGGCUUUCUUGGCCUUCCUUCUGAGUUCGAGCCUGACGUUCCCCAAAAAGCUCCUAGUGCAAGUGCAACAGUGUUUGGGGUUUCGACAGAAUCAAUGCAGUUAUCAUAUGAUUCGAGAGGGAACUGUGUUCCUGUAAUACUCUUGCUACUGCAGAGAAGGCUAUAUGAUCAAGGAGGGUUGGAGGUAGAAGGAAUAUUCAGAAUAACAGGAGAGAACAGCGAGGAAGAGUAUGUAAGGGAGCAGCUUAAUAAAGGGAUGAUACCUGAUGGCAUCGAUGUCCAUUGUCUAGCUGGACUUAUUAAGGCUUGGUUUAGAGAGCUACCGAGAGGGGUGCUAGAUCCUCUGCCAUCUGAGCAAGUACUGCAAUGUGAGUCAGACGAGGAUUUUAUCAAGGUUGUGAGGCUUUUACCUCAGACAGAAGCUUCUCUUCUCAACUGGGCCAUCAAUCUCAUGGCUGAUGUUGUUCAGUUUGAGAAUGUUAACAAGAUGAACUCUCGUAAUCUUGCUUUAGUCUUUGCCCCUAACAUGUCUCAGAUGAAAGACCCGUUGACUGCAUUGAUGUAUGCGGUUCAAGUGAUGAAGCUGCUGAAGACUCUCACUGAGAAAACCCUAAGAGAAAGGGAAGUCACGUCUUCCCAGGUCGAUACAAGAAGUAGCAAUGAAACCGAAGAUGACGAGGAGGAAGUAGACCAUGAAGAAGAUGAAGAUGAAGAAGAGGAUGAGGAAGGUGAUGGACAUGGCGUGUACAUAAUUAAGGAAGAAGUAUCUGAGAUAAUAAGAGUGACUGCUGGUGACCACAAGUCAGAAAGCAUUAAGAGUGCGUUUGAGGGAACUAGUACAUCUGAUUCAAAGGGAGUUGUGCAGCCACUCGUUUGCAACCCAGACCACAUAGGAAGCAAGUGAAGUUGAUGUUUUUGUUUUUUUUUUAUGUAUUUGUGUUUGGAUUGCUUUUAUCUUAUUAUAUUGCAUUUAUGUAACUUCUAAGUAAUGUUAGUUUGUUGUUGAAUGGUGAUAUGUCAUGAGACUUAACUC